AUGAGGCUCUGGCUGUGGGCCGUGCUGGGAUUGCUCGCCCUUGGAGAGCUGAGUGACCAGUUUUCCCCGCUGCCUGGGGCGUAUCCCACCAUUUACAACGAGACCUUUAUCAAGUGGGUAGUGGAUACCCACAAUAAGCACCGCUCCGAAGUCAAUCCUCCGGCGACCCACAUGCGCUACAUGACAUGGGACGUAGCUUUAGCUAGAACAGCAAGAGCAUGGGGAAACAAGUGCAUUUUUGAACAUAGUCCAUAUGACAGAAGCCAUCCUGACCCUAAACUUUGGCCUAUUGGAGAAAAUCUGUGGAUUUCAAAUGCUGUGAGAAGACCAUUUAAAGCUGAAGGUGCCAUUAAGGCAUGGCAUGAUGAAGUUCGUUUCUAUACUCACAAGACCCAUAAAUGUACAAGAGUAUGUGGUCAUUAUACACAGGUGGUUUGGGAUUUAACCUAUAAGGUUGGUUGUGCAAUUGUUUUCUGCUCUAAAUUUGGUAAAAGCAGAAAUAUAGAAAACUUCGUGUGCAACUACGGUCCAGGUGGCAAUUAUCCACGGCAGCCUUACAGAGCGGGACAGUCUUGUAGUGAAUGCCCAAAAGAAGACACUUGUGUAAAUAAGCUUUGCAGAAAUCCUGAUCGUGACAAAGUCAUACGCUAUUCACGAUGGUAUCCGUCAUUUGAAUAUCGGAUUGUAUGUGACGAAUCCUGUAUUGCUUUAGCAGUUUUAAGACCAACAAUAAUGUUUUUAGCUUUUGGAGUUGUUUACUAUUUACAACACCGUUAUCCAGGUUUAGGAUUGCAACAGUAAUUGCUUUGACCUGUCUGUUAAAAAAAAAAUUCAUUGCUACAAUAGCUAACAGAUCAUAUUUACAUAAACACUAAAAUUAUUGUAUACACUUUGUGAUUUAAAAAUAGAUUGGUUUAUUUCAUUGUGUUAUGGUACUCUGAAUUGUUUAAAAUCGUUAAAAAUCAGUUUUUCCUUACUGAUGUGGAUAUUUUUAAAAGA